ACUGACGCUGAAGUCACAUUUGACAUCGCACGAAAAUAAAAGAUGGCGAAAGUUUGUGAUUUUCCGAUUGAAAAAACCCCAGAAUUUUCCCCAAAAUACUGAAAUGAUUAAGUGAAAAUUGUGCUGGAAGUGUGGUGUGGUAAAUGUGUGUAAACUCAAUUGGUGUUUGGUGGAAAUUUGAAAUUGUGCUGUGGGAUUAGGACGAGGAGUUUGUGAGUGGUGAGGAAAAGUUUCGUGUGAAAAAGGGGGAGAGAAGUCAAACACAAACACUGAAGACUCCACCAAGCAAAUCAUGCUUUCAUACGUUCAAAUGAACGCGAGGAAAUUCUUAAUAUUAGCAUCAAAAAUAUGGACCUGUAUCUGCUACAUGUUCAAUCGUCAAGUGAGAGCGUUUGUUCAGUACCAGCCCGUCAAGUACGAGCCCUUUCCCCUGUCACCCGUCUCGCGGCACCGGCUGAGCAUGGUGCAACGGAAGACGCUGGUGCUGGACCUGGAUGAGACGCUCAUCCAUUCGCAUCAUGAUGCAGCACCCCGGAAUACCGUGAAACCGGGAACGCCGCACGAUUUCACCGUCAAAGUCACCAUCGAUCGUCAUCCGGUGCGCUUCUUCGUGCACAAGCGCCCCCACGUGGACUUCUUCCUGGACGUAGUGUCACAGUGGUAUGACAUCGUCGUCUUUACGGCCAGCAUGGAGAUCUACGGCACAGCCGUGGCCGACAAGCUGGAUAAUGGGCGCAACAUCCUCAACAGGCGCUACUACAGGCAACACUGCACGCCGGACUUUGGCUCCUACACCAAAGACCUUUCGGCCAUCUGCAACGACUUAAAUAGGAUAUUUAUAAUAGACAAUUCACCAGGCGCUUAUCGGUGCUUCCCUAACAAUGCAAUCCCUAUUAAAUCGUGGUUUUGUGACCCGAUGGACAUUGCAUUGUUGUCGCUUUUGCCGCUUCUGGAUGCCCUCAGAUUCACCAAUGACGUUCGAUCUGUGCUCUCGAGGAAUCUUCACCUCCAUCGUCUCUGGUGAUGAGAUUCCCGCCACUACUCCAUGGAACCAGUUGCCUCAUUUUUGCCCACUUGUCGUCCACAACAAAUCUUUGCUUCUACCCGUGAAAAGAAGGUAAAGUUCUACAAAAACUACUUCUCCAAAAACUUUUCGUAUUGCUUUUUUUCUUUUAUUUAAUGGUGCUGUGAUUCUUAAAAAAAAAGCAAAUAAUUAUCACCAUGAAAAAGAACAGAGACCAAGCACUUUUAAAAAGGAAAAAGAAUUAGCGAAAAAGAAUUUAGAAAUGUUUUCUAUUCUUUUAUGAAUGAAAAUUGAGGAAGUUUUUGUGUUUAUUUUUUUUAUAUUUUUGUUACUAUUCUGAUUUUUUGAUCCAGUGAAAGAGGAUUGUUUAAGAUGGAAAGCAAAACAGUAAAUUGCGUGAAAUUUGCUAAAGACAAUUUAUGCUUAAAAAAAACACAAAGUUAUUUUAAGAAAAAAAAACAGAAGAACUUCAUAAAAUCAUAAAAGAAUUUAAGGGAAAAGAAAACAUGUAAAUACAUUUUUAAAUUAAAUUUUAAGAAUACAAUUAAUAGCUGUAUUAAAUUAUGUAGAAAAGAAAAUCUUAUAGAUGAAAAAAAAAUUUGUGAAGAAAAAGUAUUCUGCAAAAAAUCAUUAAUGAAGAAGUUAUUAUUACUUUUUUAUCAAAAAAAAAUAUCAUCGUGAAAGAAAUUUCAAAAAUUUUGCAUACUGAAUUAAAAAAAAAAACUUCAACCGAACAUUGAAUAAAAAAAUAAAGUACAAGCUUUUCUUUUUCUUAGAAAAAAAGAAAAUUUCAAAAAUUUGCAUGAAAUUAUCUUCCUUUCUUUAAAAACUGAAAGAAAACCUCUACUUCCUUGUCUCUCAAAAGGAAUUUAUUCUGCAGUUAGUAAAUUAAUAUAUAAGAAGGGAUCACUUUCUUUUUGAGAAGUAAGCAGAAAAAUAUAUCAUCGUAAUUUAAUUUCUCCCAAUAAAUGCGCGAAAUAGAUGCUGUAAAUUUUGAAGAAUAUGAAACAAAAGGACAAAGACAAGAAAGAAGUAAUUUAAGGUUAAACUCUGUGUGUCAUGAAAUAGUUUACUAUACGAGAAAAGAUUAAAAAAAAAACUUUGACUAAUAGUCGGAUAGAUUUCAUGAACCUCUGUACAAAGGAUAAAUCAACACAAUUAGAUUUGUAAAAUCAUUAUAAGAAUCAUUUAAGGAAGAAAAAAAUGAAAGAAAUGUUGAACAAAUAAAUCAAGUUUCAACAAA